AUGCGAUGUGUGAUUGGAUCUGGUUCAGGAUCAGGACCAGGAUCAGGAGAGGGCGGACAGGGGGCACCGAUAGCGCCCGAGGCUAUUGGCCAGAUGAGGCCGGAUGAGAUGGAUGAUAGGAUCCGGGAGAUCCUGCACGAUGAGGUUGCUGCUAUGUUCUGGUCCGAAUUUCCGGAGAUGUUCGGUUCUAUUAAGACCGCUAUGGUGGAGUAUUUUGUUGAUGGCUAUGCAACCCUCUCUGAGGCGGCUGCCACAGCAGCUACAAUAGCUGUAUCGACGAUAGGGUUGGGAGCCGGUCAGGUUUUUCAGUAUCAGGACUUCGACAACAUGAAUCCCCUUACUUUUGAUGGGACUCAGGACCCCAUCAAAGCCAUGAGUUGGCUGGCUGACAUGGAGGGAUGUUUCUUCACAUGCUUGUGUCCUACUGACCAGAAGGAUAGGUGUGCCCUUAACUUGCUGAGGUCCGGGGCAAAGGACUGGUGGAGGUUGAUGAUUGGGUCUUAUUCGGACGAGCAUAGAGCUGUUGUUACUUGGGAUCAGUUCUGGGAUAUAUUCCACGCUCGCUACAUUCCUCGAGUCGAGCGGGAAUGGUUAGCUCAGGAGUUUCUGGAGUUGAGAAAGGAUCAGGAGACGGUGAUGGAUAUCACUCGUAUGUUCACUGAGAGGGCGAUGUUUUGCCCGAAGUUUGCUUCUGAGCAAGCUCAAAUGACUCGUUAUAUGAGCAUGCUCAAGACGGAUAUUUGUCAGUUUGUGGCGACCCAACGUUGUGAUACGCUUCUGGAGUUACAGGAGGCCGCCAGGUAG